UCCUGGGCGAGAGGAGUCAGCUGACCGUCUGUGCCGGAACCGCUUGGCCAGGGGCUGUCACCGCGGGGCCAAGGCAGGGCUCUCCCGGGGGUGGCGCUGGGCGCCGAGCGGCCCCGGUCCUUCUUCUGCCUCGGGCUCCUGCUCCUCUUCCUCCCUCGGCAGGCCAUGUCUUCUGCCGCGUCGUCGUCGGGGUCGGACGCGGAGGCGCCGUCCGGAGUGGAGGAAGCCGCGGCGGCGGCGGCAGCGGCGGCGGCGGCGUUGCUCCUCUGGGAGAGAGCCUGGUCCCUGGAGGAGGUUCGCGCGGGAAGCCAGGGUUGGUCCUUGGCCGCCGACGCCGGGCUUUUGCGUUUCCUGCAAGAAUUCUCCCAGCAAACUUUAGCCAGGACACAUGAAAUCAAGAAGCAAAUGGACAGAUUGGUCCAUGAAACAAAAACUACAGAUUGCCGCCUGCACAAUGUCUUCAGUGGCUUCCUCAUGCUUUCAAAUACACAGUUCAUUGAAAAUAGAGUAUAUGAUGAUGAAGUAGAAGAACCCAUACCUAGGAAUGAAGCUGGAGACAAACUAGAACAGGAGAAAACCCGUGAACAGAAAGAAGCUGAUUUGAUUCCUAAAAUCCAAGAAGCAGUGAAUUAUGGUCUACAGGUACUGGACAGUGCUUUUGAACAGCUGGACAUCAAAGCAGGGAACUCAGACUCUGAAGAAGAAACUACUGAAAGAGUGGAGCUAAUAUUGGAACCUAAGGAUCUUUACAUUGAUCGGCCUUUGCCAUAUUUGAUUGGCUCCCACCUCUUCAUGGAGCAAGAUGAUGUUGGGCUUGGCGAUCUCUCUAGUGAAGAAGGUUCAAUAGGCAGUGAUCGUGGGAGCAUGAUUGAAAGUGAAGGAAAAGAUGAGGAGAAAACAGUACUGAUAAGUGAUGAAGAAGAUUACCUUUUUGGUGACUCUGAAAAGGGAGAGGAGGAGGAGGAGGAAGAAGAAGAAGAAGGUGACCUAGAAGUAAAUGCAAAACCGAAAAAGAAAAGGCCCACAUCGUUUACAGAUGAACUUGCAGCUCGUAUUACCAAGGACGUGCUAGCAGAUGGUAAAAGUAAGAUGACGGUGACAGAGAAGGAAGAAGUUAAUGUUUCAUCAGACGAUGAUGACAUUUUCAAGCCUCCCAAGUUGACUGACGAAGACUUCUUACCAUUUGCAUCUAAAGGGGGUCUCUUCAGUGGUGGAAAAGGACUCUUUGAUGAUGAAGAGAGUGACCUUUUUGCUGAAGCUCCGAAAGGGGAAGAUUUGCUGGAAAAAGAAACAAGAAUCCCUAUAAAUGAUGAGCCAUCAUCGAAAGCUAUGAGAAAAGUUCCUGCUGGAGCAGUUUCUCUCUUUCCAGGUAGAAAUGAUGUGUUUAGCCCCUCAUUUAUAACAGAGAAAGAGAAUAAGGAACCCAUAGAACCAAUUGCAGAUAAAGUCUCAAAAUUGCAUGAAAAUUCUGGCCUCUUUGGUGGUGAUGAUGAUGACCACUUCAAAUCAAACAAGGAAAGUUCCAUUCCAGCCAAACCUGCAACUGAUCUCUUUGAUGCUGAGGGGGAUCUAUUCAAGGAAAGGCCUGAUGUUACCAGUGUUACCAAUGAAGCAGUUAAAGAAGCUAGAGGAAAGAAAGAACUGAUAACAGGAGACAAGAGUCAACCGGAUUCUGCUGAGAUUUUCAAGCCUUUAACGCAAACAUCUUCCAAAGGCCAGAUAAGCCUUUUCUCAGAUGAAGAGGAUUCUGAGCAGGAUUUAUUAUUUUCCGAUCAGUCCAGUAAAGGAAAUAAAUCUUCAUCAUCAAACAAAGUGACGACAAAACCACAAGUAUCACUCUUUGAGGAUGAGGAUGAAGAGGAUCUCUUUGGACCUUUGCCUAAGACACAAGUAUCAAAACCACCCCAAGAGAAAGCAACUGGUGUACUCUUCAGCAGUGACGAGGAGGACCACUGGAAUAUCACCAAAGAAGUCAAACCUGCAUCUGAAUGCAGCCAAACGAAAAAAACAGUACAUGCUACCGCGGCUGUCAGCCACAAUAUAAAGAAAUGCCUUUUUGAAGAGAAGGAGGAAGAUUUGUUUACUAUCACUAAAGAGAGUCCAAGAAAACCUCAGAAAGCUGCUCUCUUGUUUGAUGAUGAUGAGGUAAAUGGAGACACACUUUUCAAGUUUCAACCAUCCCACCUCCCUUCGGUGGAUUUUCUAGACACACCUCAGAAGAAACUGGUAGAAGAAAAAGCAGACUCUUUGAAUGAACCUGGAAUACUUCGUGGCUCUAAUCUUGGUGGUGGAGAUGUAGUAGAGCAGCAAAAGAAGGAGGAAGCUCCUUUGGACAAGAAUAAUAGAAGAAAGAUUAAAAGUGUAUUCAGUUUGUUUGAUGAAGAAGAAAAGAAUGAAGAUAUGGAUGUUAAUAAGAACACGCAGAAGGAAAAGUCCCCAGUAGGAAGUGUUCGUUCCAAAAGCACAGGUGUCUUUCAGGACGAAGAACUUCUUUUCAGUCGUAAGCUACAGAAGGACAAUGAUCCUGAUGUGGAUCUUUUUGCCCAUGACAAAAAAGAGGAUCCAAAGCCCAGGGUAAAAUCGUCGUCUGAACAAGGGCUCUUUGGUGCUGAUGAUGAUGGUGAUGAUAAUCUCUUCAGCUCAUCUAAAGCAAAUCCCUUGGUCGUAGAAAAGGAAACAAUUAAGAAGGCCGGCACUAUUUCUUCUUUCAAGGAAGACAAUAAGAUUUCAGAAAAUCAUCAGAAAGUCAAACGAGAAGAUGACUCGUGCUUGGAGGCCACGGAGAAACUGAAACCAUGUUUACUGUAUCCCAAGACUCCAGCCUAUGAGCCUCAUGGCAUACCGCAUACCAAAAUAGCCUGUGUUGCCGGAAGCAGUGAGGAGAUGGGAGUCAGCUUUGAUUAUCCUUUGCAAGUAAACACUUUACAGAAUGCCAACAAGGGCAGAAUCAAGAUGACUGGGAAACGUAGGCCACCCACCAGAGCUGCGAGGCGAUUGGCUGCUCAAGACUCCAGCAAGAAUGAAAUGAACAUCCCUGACAGUCUAUCUCUGCCUCUCUCAACAGAAGGUUCUUCACAACAAGAUGUAUUGUAUCCCUACAAAAAUGAGCGACAUAGGAAGGAAAAUACUGAAAAAGCUAAAUUGUUUGUGUCAGCCAGCAGCAAGGACCAGCUUCAUGUGAGAACUAGCCCUGUCUUAAAAUCCACAGCCCAACUGGACACAGAUGAUCUCUUUGAAUCAAAUGAUCUUUUUGCCAGCAGUGUAUCUCAUAAAGUCAGCUCGAGGUCAAAAACUACAGUGGAAACAGAGAGCCAUGUGAGCCAAAUCUCUAUAGACAGUGGGCAGUUGUCUGCUUCAUCGUCUUUAGAUGGUGCAAAUUGUGAAGACUUAUUCCAGCCUGCAAAGCUAUCAAAAAAAUCCAGUUCUACCUCUUUGCUAAAGGAUAAAGAGGAUCUCUUCACCACAAGCAAAACUAUGAAGAGAAAAGAUCCAAAACCUCCUACUCAGUCAGAGCAGAACCCUCCAGUACAAGAUAUUUUUGAGGACGACAUAUUUGCCUCAGAAGCUGUUAAGCUGCCUGUGAAAGCAAAAGAAUUGGAGCCAAACCUGUUUGAUGAUGAUGUUGACAUCUUUGCUGAUCUUGCUGAAAAACCAAAAGAAAAGAGCACCAAAAAGAAAGUGGAAGCUAAAUCAAUAUUUGAUGAGGACACAGAUGACAUCUUCUCAUCCAGUAGUCAAUCCAAGACAUCCACUAGAAAAGCUCCGUCAUUUCAGACAGCCUCGGGAACUAAAAGUGAAUUCAAAGCAUCAAGUAAUUUUGAAGAUCCACUGAAUGCUUUUGAAGGCCAAUGAAGAUGUGACUACUGAGUUUUAUCCUGCCUGGUGCCAAUCUCUUUGGUUUCUGAUAUUUAAAAAAAAACAGUGUAAUGAUGAUGUGAAUAUUCUUUGACUAUCUCUUCACUCACAUAUCUAAAUAUUCUUCCUUGCAUGAUUUCUAAAGAAAUAUAUUGUAAAAAGAAAUCCAAUACUCUGUAGCAGUCCUGUUCCAAUUAGCUUAUCAGUUCCUUUGCUAAUGUAAUCUAUUGUACACAGUCUAGAUGCUACACAAGUAAAAUCACUGACUUGGUAAAUUGCAUUUGUGAAAUCAAUGUUAUAUUGUCUUCUUAGUUUUUUCUUGUUGCAUGAUUUCAGGAUUUCAAAUGAAGACCACCAAUGAAAUA